CAAAGACAUCGCGGACAAACAGACCACCACCUGCACUUUGCCCACCCACAACCAACCUCCCAGCUUGUCUAUAUCCAUACGGACGUAUACGGGCCUUCUAUUCACGGCUCGCCGCUGAGAGCUUUUCAAUAACGCGUUGUGUGGCAUUUGUGCGUGCAGUGCACCCAUCCGAUUGUUUGGAUCGUGAGCCUUCACCUACCGGGCAUCCGACAAUGUCCAGGUAACAACGCAACCAAGUCCCCCGAGACGGCGUCAAUGUUGCUAUUCGUGUCCCAUCACCAUGAACCACCAUAACCUUCAGCAAAAUGGAAGAUCCUUGGGGCUCACCGUGGGAAACUCAUGACGUCGAAGAUUCCGGCGCAACCGCAACCCCAACGGCGACCUCGGUCGACGCGAACCCCGAACCACCGCCCCCGGCUUUCUUCACACCUUCAACCAGCCUCACCAUACCCACCGGCCACUCUGUCUGGGUUGAAGAUGACCCUUUCGGCGAGUGGGCCGCCCCUGAGCCCUCCUCUCAACCGAUUCCCGCGUCGGGUUGGGGGAUUUGGGGCGGAAGAGAUAGCCAGGCUGAUUCCAGUCAAUUGACGCCAAGGUACGAGUCGAAAUUGAAGACGAGUAGCCCGAGGUGGCCCAGCAGCCGGUCCACCUCACCGGGUCAACCAUCAUCGCGGUUACGCAAUCGAUCGUCGUCCGACCAACUAUCCCUUGAUCCGUGGGCCUCCGAACCAUCGACCAACAUCACCAACAAGAGAGGUGCCUUCGAACCCUCUGCGCCGUUGCCGCAGAUCCAGCAUUUACCUCUGCUGCCGGAAAACGCGGGCCUCGACGCCGAGCGUCCCGUCAAACGACAACUUCUUACAUCCACCUCCGUCGAAGACGGAUCGCUGUCGAUCGAUUCGGCGGAAAAGAACCAGGGAAACGUGGACAGACCACAGUCUGACCAGCCUCUACCCAAGCCCGACUUACACCCGGCGGCGGUUAACUCACCGUCUAAGCCAUCUGCAUCCGAGUUCGACCUGACCGAGGUGACACUACACGAGCCUCCGUCUCUCACACCACCUGCCGAUGAUGCCGUGCCGAAUAAUGCUGGCGACCGUCAGGUGUCGAAGGUCCAUCAACUUGUGGAGAUGUACGAUGACAUCGCGAGGAAAAAUGCGACCGUUCAUGAAUCACCGCCACCAUCCAACCAGGGUGUGAGUGCGAGCCAGCACUCUCCGAUAAAUGGGACCCCGUCUCGGGGCGGUGUCUCUAUCCAGACCAAGUCUGAAAACACGCUGUCCUCCUUUCCCACCACCGAACAUGAAUCUUCUGAUACGGAACUCCCGACUUCGUUGGUCCAGGAUGUACGCAGCGAAAAAGCCGAGGGAGAUGCCCCGGAAAUUGUCCCUGAUACCAUAACCAUUGACCACGAGCCUUUUUACGUCGACUACAGUCACUUGGACCACCUCUUUCCUGGCCUAGAGAGCAACAACGUCACAGGGUCAGACGUGGAAGUCCCAGACCACAUAAUCACGGAUAAUUAUGAAAGUAUAUCAGAACGCAAGAUGUGGUAUCGUAUCUCUAGAUUUGGUCCUUCGCGGACACGGGAUUUAGGGGAAGACGAUCAUUUUACGGUGGUAACUUGGUCGACCUCGACCGUGCGGUCGGAGACCAUACAGAUCGUGCGUCGGUGGAUGGAAGAAGACUCCAUCUGCGGGCGGACGUUCCGCGGAGGGUUGGCCAACGGGGCCAACGGACGCUCCUUUGGAUGGGGCCAAAAGGCCACCCCGGUUGAUUUCCAGAGAUUCUUCAGUCCGAGGACGUCGACAUUCGCGGGUCGUCCAACCCCCGUGUCAGCACUGCCCGCCGAUGCCCCUGAUUCUCAUUUGGAUACGCACUCGUUGGAUCGGUCGCCUGUCAGCAUGUCACCCUCGACUGUCGGCACGGAGGCCCCGAGUAGUGCGACGUUCGGCUGGGCGAACCACUCCAGUCCCCCCCCACAUCAACAGGGAGUAUCAGCGUCAUCAGGGAUGCCUGCGGCUCAGCCAAAGGCUCACCGAACCAUACCCCCUCCCCAGCCACCCGAACCUCUUCCCAAGACAGUCGGGCAGAAAGAAAUGGACGACGAUGAAUGGGGUGACAUGGUGACUCCUUCGACCACCGAGUCCCGGCCUAUCUCUACUACGAACGACGGUAGCCCGGCUGGUAGGCCUUUGUCAGGUGAUUCAUCUAAUAAUAGGCAUGACGAUAAGCGAAGCGUUGAUUCAGUCAUCUUGGCGUCAGGCAGCUCCUCCUGUACGGAAGACGCUGAUCAAGUGCCCCGGGUCAUACCCGACCAUAAUCCACACGGAACCAAAUCCGAUACCGAGUCCACAUGUAGCCACAGAGAUCUCGAGCUGAGUGGCGACACGACGCAUUCUUCUCGACCUUCAUCUUCCCACGUCGAAUCAACCCCGCAGCAGCUGGUAGAGUCGCCCGCAGGGCUUACAGGGGAGCUAGAGCCAGCACGUCGAAUUAUAGAAUCUCUACCGGACCUGUCGUACAUGCUGCGAUAGAGUGCGCAAGGCGACAUGGUCCAUGGGGUUCAGACUGGCAAACCAUGCAUGUUUCAUAGCCAUAUAUACCCAUCUAUCUGAAGUACCGGCCCAAAUUCGGAGCUGACUCUCUCACUUUCUUGAACGGCCUUUCUGAUUGCUUUGUGUUAUGUAGCACUAUCGCAGUAUCUAACC